AUGGGUGCCGGCAGCUCCAAACCCGAGGCUGCGGCCGACUCCAAGCAUGUCUUCUCCAGCAACUCACCCGUCCAAUUCUCCUCGAACCUAGUCGAAGCCCUCCAAUCCAGCUCCGAGACUGACUCCUCACGCGCCAAAACCAUCGAACUCGAAAUCCAAUCCCGCGUUGCCUCAGAACUGGCCCGCCUCCGCGAACGCGAGCAGCAAACCCUCGCGGAGAUCGAGAAGCGGCUCGCUGAAGUGAGAGACUCAGGAGAGUCGACGCCCGUGCCUACGACGAAGAAGUCCGUUGUCCCCGCUGCCGGAUAUGUCUCCUCGGCUGGAUCCCUAGACCUCGACGCACCGCGAAUUCCCUUCGCAGGACGGGAACAUGAUCCUCUCCCCGCUUUCGAACCAGUCAGUGCAUCUCCUAGCGGUGGCGCUGCGAACCGACAGGUCUCCUCCACGAGCGUAAUGAGCGAGAUCGAGCAGCUACGAAGCAAGCUGGAUGGACGCCGGAAACUGGCGGAACUGGAUGAGGGCGUUGCGCGGGCCCAGUCGGAGGUUGUUGGGUGUUUGCGGUUGAAUGACCGGAGGCCGUUGGAUUGUUGGAAGGAGGUUGAUGCGUUUAAGAGGGAGGUUGCGCGCAUGGAGGAGGCGUUUGUGGAUCGGAUCGUUGGGUAG